AUGGCUUCAGACAGUACACAGAUCGCGCAGUUGACUUCUGAACUGUACUUCCUAAUAGCCCGAUUUCUAGAAGCUGGACCGUGUCAAAAAGCAGCCGAGACCCUGAUAAGGGAGGUGGAGGAGAAGGAGCUGCUACCCAUAAGGCUGGACUGGACAGGACAGGAACACCCCGGGACGUACGAAAAUUUGGUGAAGCUACACCGGCACAUCAGUCCCGACCACCUGCUGCAGGUCUGCUCCAGAGUUUGUCCGCUGCUCGAGACGGAGGUCCCUGCCAGCGUGCCUGGACUCAACAGCCUGCUGGGGGCUGGCCGGCAGAAUCUGCUCCGCACCAGCAAGAGCUGCAAGCAUGUCGUGUGGAAGGGCUCAGCGCUGGCUGCGCUGCACUGUGGACGACCACCAGAGCCGCCUGUUAUCUAUGGGAGCCCACCUAAUAUUGUCGAGACGAGCUUCGGCCGUCGACUGAACGGCUCCUACCGUCUCCGGCAGCUGGUGCCCACGGUCGUGUACCUGCACAUGAAGAUGCACAAGAGGAUCCUGGGACACCUGUCGUCCGUGUACUGCGUCACCUUCGACAGGACGGGGCGACGCAUCUUCACGGGCUCAGACGACUGCCUUGUGAAGAUCUGGGGAACAGAUGACGGGCGUCUGCUGGCGACACUGCGCGGCCACGCCGCUGAGAUUUCUGACAUGACCGUCAGCUACGAGAACACCAUGAUCGCUGCAGGGUCCUGUGACAAGACUAUAAGGGUGUGGUGCUUACAGACCUGCGCCCCUCUGGCCGUCCUGGAGGGACACGCUGCCUCGAUCACCUCGCUGCAGUUUUCUCCUCUCUGUUGUGGCUCAAAGCGCUACCUGUCAUCUACCGGAGGUGACGGCACCAUCUGCUUCUGGCAGUGGGACGCACGCACGCUCAAGUUUGGUCAGAGGCCCAAUAAAUUCACAGAGCGUUCCAGGCCUGGAGUCCAGAUGAUAUGCUCCUCCUUCAGCGCAGGUGGAAUGUUCCUAGCCACAGGAAGCACGGACCACAUCAUUAGGGUGUACUACUUUGGGUCAGGCCAACCGGAGAAGAUCUCCGAACUUGAGUCCCAUACAGACAAAGUCGACAGCAUCCAAUUUUCACAUUGCAGUGACAGGUUUGUGAGCGGCAGCAGGGAUGGUACUGCACGAAUCUGGCAGCUGCAGCCUCAGGGCUGGAGGAGCAUUCUGCUGGACAUGCAGACCAAAUUACCCGGAAAGUACAACCCUCCUCCGCUGGAAGACAAGGUAACAAAGCUGAAGGUUACCAUGGUAGCAUGGGAUCGGCAUGACGGCACAGUGAUCACAGCGGCCAACAAUCUGACACUGAAGGUGUGGAACUCCACCACCGGCAGCCUCGUCCACGUCCUGAUGGGUCAUGAGGAUGAGGUGUUUGUCCUGGAGCCACACCCCUUUGAUCCAAGAAUCCUUUUCUCAGCGGGGCAUGAUGGGAAUUGCAUUGUGUGGGAUCUGGCCAAAGGAGUCAAGAUCCGCUCCUAUUUCAACAUGAUCGAGGGCCAAGGUCACGGAGCGUUGUUUGACUGCAAAUGUAGUCCAGAUGGGCAACAUUUUGCAGCCACCGACUCCCAUGGACACCUGCUCAUCUUUGGCUUUGGCUCCAGUAGCAGAUAUGACAAGAUAGCGGACCAGAUGUUCUUCCACACCGACUACCGGCCGCUAAUCCGAGACGCCAACAAUUACGUGCUGGACGAGCAGACUCAACAGGCGCCACACCUGAUGCCCCCUCCCUUCCUUGUGGAUGUGGACGGGAACCCCCACCCCCCCAGAUACCAGCGGCUGGUGCCUGGCAGGGAGGGCUGCAGGGACGAGCAGCUCAUCCCUCAGAUGGGGGUCACUUCCUCAGGCCUGAACCAAGUGGUGAGUGAGCAGGCGGUGGACGGUUCCAGUCCUCUGGAUACGAUGAUUCAGAGGCUGCAGCAGGAACAGGACCAAAGACGGGGAACCAAUGACAUCUCUUCUUCUGCAAACACCAGGUCCAACAGAGGGUCGGUGGGUUCUCCCACAGAGGUGCACUCUCCGCCCAACGUGGGUCUGCGUCGCAGUGGGCAGAUCGAGGGCGUCCGCCAGAUGCACAGCAACGCCCCACGCAGCCAGAUGGCCACAGAGGGAGACCUGGUGGCCUGGAGCCGCAGGGUGCUGGUCCCCGAGCUGGAGGACGCCUCUGUCAGGAGACAGAUAAACUGGCGUGAGGCUAAAGGGGAGGAGGAGAUCAAUAUUUAUCAGUCGGAAAGGAGGAGACGUACCAUCCACUCUCUCCCCAAGGAGAGCAGGGUUCAUCCGACAUCAGAGUCAGUUGACGAGGGGAGGAAGAGCCAGGGUAACCACGGCUACCACACGCGUGCCGCUAUGGAGGAGACGAGCCGCCAGAGCGCCGAGGCUGCCGACGACGACGAAAGCGCCUCAGAGGGAGAAGUGGAGGUUCGUCAAAUCAACGGGCACUCUUCAGACGAGGAGAAGGAAGAGCAGCAAAAGGAGCCCUGGCCGGAUGACCACAGUAGUUCAAGUGACUACUCCAGCGAUUACUCCGACUGGACAGCAGACGCAGGGAUCAACCUUGAACCGCCCAAGAAGAGUGUGAAAGUGAAAAAGAAAAGCAGUGGCUCUGAGGAAGACGGAGAAAAUAAAAAGAGGGACGGCAAGAAAGAAAGAAAGAAGGACAAAGUAGACAAAGACGACGCAUUACCAAAGAAGAAGAAGCCAAAUGAGAAGAGGAAGAGGGAUGAUCUCCAGGAGCAAGGGCUCACUCUGGAGGAAUGGCUUCCUUCUGCCUGGAUCACAGACACGGUCCCCCGGAGAUGUCCUUACAUUCCCCAGAUGGGAGACGAGUUAUACUAUUUCAAACAGGGCCAUGAAGCCUACGUGGAGAUGGCUAAGCAAAAAAAGAUUUACAGCAUCAAUCCUAAGAAGCAGCCCUGGCACAAGAUGGAGCUACGGGAUCAGGAAUUGAUGAAGAUAGUUGGCAUCAAGUAUGAGGUGGGCUUGCCCACGCUGUGCUGUUUGAAGCUGUCCUUCCUGGACCCUGACACCGGCAAACUAACAGGAGGAUCCUUCUCUAUGAAAUACCACGACAUGCCUGAUGUAAUCGACUUCCUGAUACUGCGGCAGCAGUUUGACAACGCCAGAAAGAGGCAGUGGAGUAUAGGGGACAGGUUUCGCUCAGUCAUAGACGAUGCCUGGUGGUUUGGGACCAUUGAGAGCCAGGAGCCCUUCCAGCCUCAGUAUCCCGACAGCCUGUUCCAGUGCUACAAUGUCUGCUGGGAUAAUGGAGACACAGAGAAGAUGAGUCCUUGGGACAUGGAGCCCAUCCCUGAUGAUGCCACGUUCCCUGAAGAGUUGGGCAUGAGCGUCCCGCUGGUAGAACAAGAACAGAAGGAGCUGCUGUACGUCCCACUGGACGGGGAAUGGGGCUGCCGCAUGCGCGCAGAGGAGUGCGAACGCAUCAUCCAAGCCAUCGACCAGCUCUGCACACUCGAUGUAGCAGCGCCCUUCUCCUUUCCAGUGGACCUCCCAGCUUACCCCACAUACUGCACGGUGGUGGCCUACGUCACUGACCUCAGCACCAUACGGGAGAGGCUGGUGAACCGCUUCUACAGACGACUGUCCUCUCUGAUGUGGGAGGUUCGUUACAUCGAACACAACGCUCAAGCAUUCAAUGAGCCCGGAUCUUUCAUCGUCACUACCGCCAAGUUUGUCUCUGACCUCAUGCUGCAGUUCAUCAAGGACCAAAAUAUGACAGAUAUCAUGCCCCUUCAUAAAACUAUGAAGAAGGCUACCUUCUCUGACUCUGAGGAUGAGGAUGAUGAGGAGGAGGAUGAAGAUACUAAUACUCCUGGAACAUCCACGCGAAACAAUAAGGGUCGGCGACCCACGCAGCGCCAACUGCGAACCCGACCUCCUUCGUUCGACCCUCAUGCGUGGAAGGGACGCUGUAAGGAGCUGCUGGAUCUCAUCUUUCAGUGUGAAGACUCGGAGCCCUUCAGAGAACCUGUGGACCUACUGGAAUACCCCGACUACCUGCAAAUAGUUGACUCACCAAUGGACUUUGCCACCGUCCUCAACACGCUCAAAGAAGGAAAGUACCAAUCUCCCAUUAAGCUCUGCAAAGAUGUCCGGCUCAUUUUCAGCAAUUCCAAAGCUUACACGCCCAGUAAGAAGUCUCGGAUCUACAGUAUGAGUCUGAGGCUCUCUGCACUGUUUGAGGAGCACGUCAGCUCCAUCCUGGCCGACUAUAAGGCCAUCCACGGCCUGACGGAUAAACUGACCAGGCAGGGCACAGACAGACAGACACGACCCGUGCCGGACAGACAGACACGGCACGCCAUGAAGCGGAGGAGGAGGAGGAGCGAAUCUCCAGCAAGCAGCACCGCAUCCAGUCCAGAGAGGAAGAGACGCGUAUCAUCCAGGGUGACCGGCAAAAAGGAGCCGUCGCCGCCUCCUUCGCGGACCUCCUCUCUGAGACAGAGCAUCCCCGUCAAACAGCCCCCUCAGCUGGUCAACGGGAAGGCAGACACGCCUGCUGCAGGGCGUACACGGAGUGCGGCGCGCCAUUCUACACACUCACCACUCUCCUCACAAAAUGCCACAAGCAGCACACAUAGCGCAGCAGAGUCUACUCGCUCACUGAGGGCUCACAACUCCGUGUCAGCUUCAACGCCAUCGGCUCCUGAAAAGGUGACACCCUCUCCAUCCGCGGAAGGUAGCAGUGGAGGAAGCACCCGGAGGAAACUCAGGACUCCUGUACGGCACACACCUGGUUCUCCUGCCAGCCCUUCAUCUCAGACCACAGUCCACUUGAAUGGCCACAGUAGUCAUGUGACGCUGGGAGUGGCGAGGAGGGGGCGCAAAUCCAAAGCGGAGCCAGCAGUGAGUCCAGAAGUCACGACUCCGGGGAGCCCUUCCAGACCCCGAGGUCGCCCUCCUGGCAAGAAGAGAGGCAGGAAGAGCAAGCAGGAGUUAGAGGAGAGGGGAAGGAGCGGUAACCGCAGGAGCUCCACCCCUGACGAUGAGAUCGACCAAUCGACGGGGGACGAAGGCGGGACGUCUUCCGCUCAGGAAACAUCCGUGCUGUCGGACUCUGGCACGCCAUCGACCCCUAGACGGCGCGGUCGACCCCGAGCAGUAACAUCUGAUGAAGCCACUCCCCCCGAGGAUGUGACUCCUGAAUCGCCUGAGCCCUCGGUGCUGAGGAGGAGCAGCAGGAGAGCCAACGAGGAGGUCACGUCUCCUCCGCAGGCUGCCUCUCAACGACCUAAGCGGCAAGAGUCUCCACCGGAGGAGGAAGGGGACGAGGCAAGCGGGUCAAUGCGCACGCGUAACCAGGGGCGGCGGUCCGCCUGGUACGUGGAGGAGGACUCUGAGGAGGAGCAGAGGCAGCUGCUGUUUGAGGACUCGUCUAUCACCUUCGGCACUUCCUCAAAGGGCCGUGUCCGCAAGCUGACAGAAAAGGCCAAAGCCAACCUUAUAGGCUGGUAACGACAACAGAGGAAUCUGCCUGAGAUUUCUCACGUCGGAGGAGUCGGGGGCUGAGUUGAGGAAGUCGUGCUUGGUGUUGUAUGCAUCCGUGUGUAUGUGCGUGUACGUCUGGGGAGCUGCUAGUCCAGCUGCUGCUAUUCAAAGCCGCGGCGACGGAGACGCACAACAGCGCACUUAUCUGUCCACUCCUCCUCCCUGUCGGCUCAGUAAGCACAUCGCUCCGCUGAAGCGAUGGCUCUCUGACAACGCAUGUUCAUUUUGUUCCAACUCCUCCUGCAUUAUUGGUCCAUGUUGGAUCCCACAGGAGCUCACUGACUCCGCUGCUGGUGGUCUCGUUCCUGUCCAGUGAACCACUCUUCACCUCCGUCUGCCCUUAAACACUGUUGGUGUCAGACCGGGCAAAACAGUAGUUGAACAGUUUUAGUACGUGAAAAGAUCACGAGGAGAGCUGGAUGUAUAUUAUGUCAUUCUUACAAUUUUGUGUGUGGGUAGGUCAAAGACUCCCACUGAGAUUGUUAGUGAUGGAUCACAGACCGCUGGCCUGACAACGUCUUUUGCCCCCUCCCUCCACUUCAUUGUUCCCGCUCUUUUUUUAUACAAAAGCCCCCCCCCCCCCCCUUUUCUAAGAUUUGUACGUGAUGAUCGGCUCUCUGUUUCGAAAGUCUUACACAUCGGCUGACCUGAGCGUGUCCGUCUGCGCUAAAAUACCAAAUGGUGUACCUUUGUUGGUACUGUAGAUCUGUAGGUUUUGUUUACUGUUGAUGUUUGUGUGUGUGUGUGUGUGUCUUCUUUUUUGCAUGUUAAUUAGAAAGAAAAAGCAUCUCUUUUGUUUCUAGAAGCUGUUUUUACUGUGAGGAGGAGAAAAAGGAUGAAAGGGGUCAUUUAUAUGUCUCGAUAGUUCAUGUUUCAAAGCGUCCUCAACAUUAGCAAUACCUUGUGCCUUUAUGUCUUUGGUGUGUGUGUGUGUGUGUGUGUGUGUGUGUGUGUGUGUGUAAGCGUGCUUGGCUUAUGCCCUGCAAAGUACAUGUGCCUGUAUGUGUGUAUGUGUGUGUUUUUAUAACACAACUGAGCGCGUCAUUCACUUUCAGCGUGCAAACAGUGGCAUACAGUUUGAUCGUUGUGAAACCUCUCAAAGAAAUGUAUUUAUAGCAGUUGAAAAAAAGACUUUACUGUUGUUGUAAAACCAUUAUCCAUGUCAAUAUAUUAUCCUAUAUCCAACCGUCAGUUUAUACCGAAGGUACAGCCAGUGCAGGUACAGCUUUGGGGUGACUUAGCUUUGAGAUGCACUUACCACAGACCGGUUAUCAAUGCAGUCGUAGGGAGGGAGUAACCCAGUGUAUUUAAAAAUUGUUAACAAAUGGAACUUUUAAAAUGUUGAUAUGUUUCUAAGGUGACCACACACAUGCACACACACAUCCACACACAAUUCUGUCUCGCAUGUUCUAGCACUUUGUCAUGCCUGGAGCAAACAGGAUCGAGCCAGAUCAAACUGGAUCGGGCUUGGACGGAAAGCCGAGAGAAAGAGAGAGAAAGUCUUAUUUUCAUCUUUCUGAUUGUGUGCCUUCGCUACUCUGGCAUAUUGAAUCCUCGGUUUCUGCUUUUGGGGCCUUUUUUUCUUUCAUAUUUUGGACUUCCUGGUUCUGCUUGUUGCUGGCUUCAGAAGACUGGACUUUGUGGACCUGACAGGCUUAUUUAAUAAAAGAGAGGAAAAACAAUGACUGGAGACAAACAUAUUAUGUUGCUCUCUCUCUCUCUGUACACACAACCAAUGGACUGAGUUUGUAAAGAUGACGACCUCCAGUUUUGACAUAUCUGUUUUGACCCCAGCUCAAAAAUGGCAAAAUCAGCCGCGGGUGUUGGUUUGACUGGGGAGAACUGGACGGUAGCAUCUAUACACGCCGGGUUCCUUUCAUAACUAUUUUUGUCACCUAUUAUUGAACAUAUAUCUCAUCUGUUUUGCGUUGGGGGUUUUUUUUGUUAUGGAUUUCUCAACGCCAAAUUCUGUCUUUUCCGCACUGAAGUUUUAGAACCUGGCUUUUCAAUGUGUUUUACUUUCUGUCUCCACGGUGAGAUUUUCACAUAUAACGUGUUUUCUGUGUCCCUGCCAUACAGGACGAUGUUUCAGUGGCUAGAUCUGUGGAGUUAGAAUGGUGUUUUAUACUCUGUCGCACUUAUUCCAGGAUACUUUUCACUCAGUCUGGCGUAUAUUUACUUCACAAAAGAUGUGUUUAUAUUGUGUAUAUGAAGAGUUUUAUUCCAGAUUCCUCCACAAAUGACUGUUGGCAUGAGAAUACAUAUUAUUGUUGGGAUUUGCAUUAAUGAUAGGAAGCUGAUGAUCUUUGCCCACAAAACUAUAUCUUUUGUAGGCAAAGAAACUCUUCGUGGGCACAUAAAGGUUUUGGAUCUCAAAUUGCAAAUAAUCAUAUUUACAUAUAUGCACAGAUUAUCAUGAGCAGAGUGUGGAAAGAAGAUUUUAGACCUAGGUUUCUCAAACUGUAGGUAUCAGCUCAAACAUACACGAGCCAACAGAAAAAACACAGUACUUCAAAUCCAAAAUGUUUGCCGGAUUUUGCGUAGAUGUGCUAAUUUUUAAUCAGGAACCAUUAGUGGCUAACCUUGCUCUUGCCCUGCUGCCAUUGUAUACCCAGUUUAAGGAAUACUUCACCCCCAAAAUGACCAUUUGUUACUCACCUUGCGUUACCUUGAAACUUGCGUGCCUCUACGUUGAACGAAAAAAACAGCGUUUAUAAAAAGCAAAACGAUAUCAAAACAUCUGUUUACAAACUCUCACAUAACUGUAGUAUAAUCUAAGUCUCAUUUAUCCGGUCGUAUGCUCACUACUUCCCAAACACAUCAUUUGCUUUACUAAAACCUGACUAUUUAAAACACUUUUGCAAUAAACAGUCUCACUUUUGCUGUUGUUAAAUGCGGCCCCCAUUUACUUCCAUUCAUCAAGCAUUUUCGCCGUAUUUUGAUUAUUUUUAUUCACCGUGGAAGCAUCUGAGAAAAACGCCGUUUUCUUCAAGAAUUCAAAGUAGCACAGGGUGAGUAAUUCAUAUACAAAUAGUCAUUUUUGGGGGUGAAGUAUUCCUUUAAUAAUAUGGGAUCAGCAGGGAGGUGUUUUAUUUCCCCUCUGAUUUUCCAUUGAAAUACAGUCAAAGUGGGAAUGCAGUCAUCACACACACAAGUAGAUAUUUAACUCGUUCAUCAGAUCACCCACUCUACCUGUAUUUAUCAAAUCUGUCAAAGUAAAAGAUCUGAUUCAGUAUUGCUGGUCACCUUAACCAUGUUAGUAAUAAUGUACUCCCCUAUAUAAUUUCAAAGGGGCUUUAAAAGCAAGUCACUGGUUUAAAACUAUAAGGAUUGGUGUAUCCACUCAUUCCCACUUGGAUUAUAACUUAAAUGGAUCUUUUUUGAGAAGUUUUAAAUUGCUGACUGACUGCAUUUUGGAGCUCAUGUACAAACACAUUUACCACGGGCCUGUGCUAAUGUGGGGCAAAGUUGUGCUGUUUAUAGCCUCUGAUUGGACAUCACAGAGUUUAGUCAGAGGUUUGAAGGUCACAGUGUGUGUGUGUGUGUGUGUGUGUGUAUGAAGUGGCUGCAUGUGAGCCACCGGGAAGCUUUUUGGGAUGUUUAAUUAAGUUUUAUGGAGACAUGGGACGGGAAAGGACAGAAUGGGGAAAAGGGGGGCGUCUGAUUCACGUGAACUGAUCGAAGAGGAUGUCUUUGUUAGUUUGGAUACUUUUUAUAUAUAAAAGGAAUUAAUGCAAAAAAGAAGCAUUUAAAGCUAGAAUGUAUGUGUAGGGGAGUACUGCUGUCCUGUUAGUUCAUACCAAUAUUUUAAGUAAAUAAACAGUUGUGUUUCCAUAUCCACUUUCCUUCCUGUUGUUGAUUGUGCUAUUUAUAACCCUCACAUAUCCAUCGUUUUUUAAAAUACCUAAAUUCAUAUUAUUCACCACAUUAAGGGUUCAAGUUACAGUCU